AUGGGCGACGAAGAGUGGGAAGAUGGUGAGGGGAGAAGACCUGGGCCGGAAUCGAAGGCGGGCGGAGAGCCAGAGCGGCUUUCUCAAGCUCCUCCACUGCAUGCAAAGACGCUGAGCGCCGGCGAAACGGUGGGAUCGCCUCCUCGAGACGAAGAACCUCACCAUCUCGUCAGCCCGGCUCCCUUCUCUGCCUCUCAGUCUCCGCACCGGGAGACAAGACUCCACGAAGAGCCUGCCGCCCAACGGCUGCCUGCCGACGGCACCCUCGUCCCUUCUUCUCGUUCUCUUUCGUCUUCUUCUUCUUCGCGGUUCUUCCCGCUGACGGGCAGGCAGGACGCGAAGCCGCGCCGUGGCGUCGUCCUCGUCGAUCUCGCAGACGUUGAAAGAGAGCGCGUGGAGCACGAAGAGCGAAAGAGACGACGCACGAUCGCGAAUUCGAGGCCAGCGUCUGCGGCACGCGCUCCUGCGGGCCCCCGCGGCCGACCAAGGGCGACUGCGGCGCGGGGCGAGAGAGCCCGUUCGCCAGGUGGAGACAGCCCCGCCGUGGUCUGCCCCGGGGGCGAGGACUCUCAAGAGCACGGCGGGCAACGGGGAGACGCAGCCGGAGAAAACGACGGGGAAGACAGCGAACAGAGUGGCUCGAGACCCGACGCGGCGGAUCGCUGGGGCGCAGACACGAUGAGCCCGCAGCCGGAGGAAAAGGCGUGUGGAUCUGCGGAGAAAAAAAAGCGCAGAGUGUUGCGUGGAGAGGCCGCGAAGACAGAGAGAAAGGCCAGCACACUUCGAGGCAAACAGAGUUCCCGCGUCGCGGGGUGCGCCGCCGUGGAAGAAAGUCAAAAGCGAAGCAGUGUCGCGACCGCUGCUGCCUGGGAUUCUUCCUCUCGCUCGGCGUCUUCUCCGGCGAGCUCCUGUUCGUCUUCUGCCCCGUCCGCGUCGUCCUCCGCUCUCGCUGGACGGGCGUGCGGAGCGUGGCGCGCCUCGAGACCGACCUCCUCGCAGGCUCCGUCCGUACGUUCCUCCCGCUCUUUUGCAGACUCGGCGAGGGGCGCAGCGGGUGAGCAUGCGCCGGACAGACGCGGAGGACCGAAGGGGGUACGCGAGAGCCGCGACGAGAAGGCGCGUGUGGGGGCGCCGCAGGCGCGGAGAAGACUGAAGGUCCUUGGACGGCACGCCGCGCUGGAGCCGUCGGCAGUCGCGGAACAAGGCGACGGCGAGAAGAGUGAAGACGAGCGCGAAGACUCAGAAGGGGAAGACGCGUGGACAGACUCGGAUGGAGACGAAGACGGAGAGACGGCAAGCCGAGACGACCGGGAGGCACAGUUCACGCUGCCUCCUCUGGACACCUGCGCUUCCGCACCGUCUGCUUGGCCUCGUGAAGAACACUCACCUUCUCGCCGUGAGCGUCCUCUUGCGGAUCAGCGAACGCCCCGCGAAAAUACCUCUUUUCCCAGGACCGCCGCGACGAAGACACGGCGACAUCCGCAGCCUCGUCCCGCCUCCUCUUCGCCUUCUCCUUCUCGGAACUGUUCGUCGGAUGUAUCGAGUUCUCGUCCGUCCGUCGCGCCGCCCUGCACAGCGGCGGCGUGUCCCUGUGCGCAGAAUGGAUGGCUGCGGCGCGAACUGAAAGGCCGCUUCGCGCUUCUGUUUCAGCGGUUUUCCCAGGACAUGGACGACGCACGCCACGUGACCGCGCAGACUGCAGAGGAGCUCCUGGCCUUCUCCCAAGUGCUCUUGCGGCUGGUGCACGAUUCCGGCCCCACAGGCGAGGCUCAGAAGGGACUCAGGGAAGGACCCCAGACAGGGAGAGUCGCCAGGCGCAGGCGCGCGUCCCAGGAGGCGAGCGAGGCCCGAGAGGGAGUGAGGAAACGCCGGAGGGAGAGAGAUGAGAUGGAGAGACAGGAGAGGGAGAGAGAGGAGGCAGAACCGAAGGCGGCAGGGCCAGGAGAGAGAAGAGGGAGAGCGCGAGAGAGGAGAGACACGGGGCGAAGAAGGGGGCGAGGGGGACAUGCAGCGGUGAAGAUCGGAGACGGUACCGACAGGGGCGAUCUAGAGGCUUUGAGAAGAGAGAGAAGGAAUUUGAAGGUGCGAAGCCCGGGGGAGGCGGCGGUACAAGAAGCGAAGGAACCUGAAGUGUCGGAGAAGUCGAGUGAAAAUCCAAACAGGAAGGCGACAGGGCGUGCAUACGCUCUUCUCUCGGACGAGAGUGAGACCCGGUCGAGAGGAGCGGGCACGUCUCAGGUCCAGGCCCCGUCUGGCGAGUCUUCGGCACCUCUCUCUCCUUCGUGUCGGGACGCUCUUUCUCCCGUUUUGUCGUGUGCGUCGCCCUGUGCUCAAACGUCUCUCCCCUCCCUUCCCCUCGUCUCGCCGCCUGCUCUGCCGCACGGCCCCGCGGCUUCAGUGUCUCGCUCCUCUUUCCGCAGUUCGUCUUCCUCUCCUGUGCCCGCGUCUUUGUCUGGCCACCCUUCGUCCUUGCCGCCUUGUCGCCCAGUGUCACCUGCUCCUGCCUCUCCCCCAGGCUCCCUCCUAGCUGUCUCUUUGCCGCCAGCUUCGCCUGGCCCUCCUCAUGCUCUCUCUCCUGGUGCUUCGUCUCCUGUUCAUUCCUCCUGUCUGUCUCCUUCCUCACCAUCCCCUUCCCUUGCUUCUUCGUUACCUUCAUCUUUCCUUUCUCCCCCGCCGUUACCUUCCUCUUCGUCCGUACCUUCUUCGUCCGUCCCUUCCUUUUCUUCCUUACCUUCCUCUUCGUCCUCACCUUCCUUUUCUUCCUUACCUUCCUCUUCCUCGGCUUCCGUUUCCCCUCCUUCCGUGGUUUCCUUUUCCUCCUCGUCGGAUCGCAGCAGUUGGGGUGCGCGUUCUGUUUUGUCGGGUCUCGACUUCGCGAGAAGCCCGCGGCGUUCGGGCGACGGCAUGCACGCAGCGCCCGAGGCGCCAGAGACAACUGGGCACGCGCAGGUCCAUCUGUGCCUUCCUCUCGGGCGCGAACAGACUGGAAAGGCCGACAGGGACGGCCGCGAGGAGAGGAGAGAGGCGAGCGAGCGGAGAGGCGGACACGGCGAAGGCGAAGUCGACGGCGGGAAGAAGGGGGAAGGCGGCGCCGACGCCCCGAAGGCCCAAGCAGGAGAGGACGGAGGGUCUGGAGGUCGGCAGGGAGAUUGCGGCGAGGGGAGAGGCGAGCGCGCAGAGAAGGACGAAUCGGCAACAAAUGCCCCGCAGAGGGGCGAAGCAGAUACCGCAGAGGAGACGCGGAAAUGGACAUUUUCAGAACAGGCGCCGCCCCUGUUGGCCGUCAGGGGCGAAGCUCGGUCGGGGAGACUCGUGGGGGGAGCGCAGGCAGCACAAACGAGCGAACACGAGGAGCCUCUGGAAGGGGAAAGUCGCGAGGGAUCAAACCGACAAGAAGGGGAAGCGCCGGAAGCACAGGAUUCUCACAGUUCGUCCAAGAGCGUCGAGGAGUCCCAGGGAGCCGUCGCCACAAGCCAAGGCCUUGAGGCGCCUCGGCAUCCGUCUGCGGGUUCGCCUCCCUCUUCUCUCUCCACUUUGACGUCUUUGUCUUCCUCCGCUUCUUCAAGAAGCGUGUCCGUGAGUGCACAGGACGCAGUCGCUUCCUGGCUUCGGCAGGCGUGCCCCAGUGAAGCGUCGGUCCUUUCGUCCCUUUUGCCCGCGCCGCUGCUUCGCGCCGCCUCGGCCUUCGCCCCGCAUGCGUCUUCCUCGGCGCCGAGCGUCGCGCGUGGGAUUGAGAGCCUCGGCGGUGCGGCGGAGCCGAGGCGGCGACCUAGCCAGGUAGCCGCAGAGAAGGAAGCGGGCGACGAGGGAGAGAAGGAGGAGGGCGAGGCCUCGGACGGCGAGCAGGCGAGGGUUGACAACUGCGUCGGGGCGUCCCACGGCGCCGCCAGGAGAGUCGGCGGAAAUCCUGCGUUGAAAAAGGCGAGUGACGUCGCGUCUGAGAGCGUGAGGACUGCGGCGCCAGGCCAGCUGGAACUCGGGCCGGCUUCUCAGGUCUCCGUCGCCUCUCCGUUCUCGACGCCACCCUCCGUCCGCUCUUCUUCGCCCCUCGGAGACCCGCGCGGGGACGUGUUGCCUUCCCAGAGAGCUGGACCGCCGCCUGGGCUGGCUGCGGCGGCUUCGCCGUCCUCGCCCUCGUCUGCCUCGGCUGCGCCGCCUCCCCUUUCCACUUGUGGCCUCCCGCCCCUGGGUGUGGAGGGCCGUUUCCCCGCGGGGAUUUCCCUGGGACGCGCCGUCUCCGAGAAGCCGGGCGAGCGGAUCCCCCGGCAGGCUCCAGGGGGGAUUGGGAGCCGCCCCGGCGGCGCCUCGGCGGCGGAGGAGACCCGGCUGGCUCGACUGGGCGCGGAAAGCGAGGGAAGCCGACGGGGGGACAGUGCGCCUCCCUCCGGGGCGUGGCCGGACGCGCAGGAGCCGUCGCUUGCGCGGAAGGGCGAGACGGAGGCGGGAGACCGCGCGAGGCACUCGCCGCUCUUCUCUCACGGGCGACCUGUGUGUGGGUUGGUCGACGGCGCCAAAGAGAAGGGAAGCCGCGAGAAAGCGAACGAGAUGCGGCUUUUUUCUGGAGACAAAGACCGCGCUUCCCUCCUGGCGUCUCUCGACUUGGACGUCUUCAUUCACCAGAGGCCGCUCUCUGGAGACGCCGUGCUGUCGAAUCUCUACACUGCAGAUCGGUACCGGGCUGGAAGCCAGUCGCGGCCAGCAGGCGGAGCGGGUGCGGGUGACAAGGAGCGAAGCGAGGAGUCGCAGAGACAGCUGUGCUUCUCGCUGCUCUUUGCGGGGCAAGGUGAGCAGCCAGGCACGAAGCCUGGGGCCAGUGGGACCGGGACGGGGGACGGAGCGAGAGAGGGCGAGCCGAAGAAGAAGAAAACGCGGUCAAAAGAAGGCGAAGAACGCCACCGAAAAAGGUGGGAAGAAAUCAAGCGACGGCGAUUCAACCUCGAACUGCAGAAAAAGCAAGGGAGCGCCAAUCCAAGACUCUGA